UCAGUGCGGGGCUGUGUGCGGCCCGGCAUGUCGGCGCUGGAGUGGUUCGCGCACAAGCCCCUGGGCGGCGGCAUCUACUGGAUCCAGGAGCGGUUCUACGAGUCCGGCAACCGAGCCAACAUCUGGCUGGUGCGGGGCUCGGAGCGCGACGUGGUGAUAGACACCGGCCUGGGGCUGCGCAGCCUGCCCGACUACCUCCACUCGGCCGGGCUGCUGGCGCCGGGCGCCGGGCCCGGGGAGGCGGAGGCGGCGGGCGGGGGCAGGAGGCCGCUGCUGGCCGUGGCCACCCAUGUACACUUCGAUCACGCGGGCGGGCUGCACCAGUUCGACGAGGUGGCGGUGCACAGCGCCGAGGCGGCCGCGCUGCUCCGCGGGGACAACUACGAGACCGUCACCUGGCUGUCAGAUAGCGAGGUGGUGCGGCCGCCUAGCCCCGGCUGGAGCGCCCGGCAGUUCCGAGUGCAGCCCGUGCAGCCCACCCACAUCCUGCAGGAGGGGGACGUGAUCAACCUUGGUGACCGACAACUGACUGUCAUGCAUAUGCCUGGUCAUUCAAGAGGAAGUAUUUGCUUACACGACAGAGAUCAGAAGAUAUUGUUCAGCGGAGAUGUUGUUUAUGAUGGAUCGAUGAUUGACUGGCUUCCCUACAGCAAGAUAAGUGAUUACGUCACAAGUUGUGAGCGUCUUAUAGAAUUAGUGGACAGAGGUCUUGUGGAGAAGGUGCUUCCAGGGCAUUUUAACACCUUUGGAGCUGAAAGGCUGUAUCGUUUAGCUUCCAACUACAUUUCAAAAGCUGGAGUUUGUCACAAAGUUUCUACCUGUGCCAUGAGGUCCAUUGCAAGUUUAGCUCUUCAUGUGACAAAUUCUAGAGUCACUUCUUAGUGUCGGUUCAUUUUGUUAAUAUCAGCUAUUGUGAAACCAAAUGGCUUGUGAGCUAGUGUUGAAAGAAAGCAAACAAAAGCAGUGUGUGUUAUUAAAGAAAAGGCAGACUGAUAAUGAAUGAGUCAAAGAUUCUUAUUUUUGCUUGCUUUUUUAUUUUAUAAAAUUAACUUCAGCUAUAGCUAUGCAAAAGCUACUAUCUAUCUUUUCUUUCUGUUUUUCAAGGCAUGUUGGCACAUGAUUUAUGAAUGCCAUUAGACUGCGGUUUGAAAUAUGUUUUAUUUUUGAUAUUAUUCUGAUGGAUAUGUAUGAUAUGCCAAAAUGAAAUGUUUGACAUUUAUGCCUGAAACUUAACUGUUUUUAUGUGGUGUUAGGUUAAAGGCUCAAUUUGUGUUUAAAGUGUAUUUUUAAAAUGGCUGAAAUGUAAUGUAGCUGUUACUGCUAUAUUUGAAAAGAUAGCUGUAACAUUCCAUUGUCCUAUUAUAAGUACUGAAUUCAACGUCCAGUACAUUGUUUAUUACUUUUAAGUGAAUGUAACUUGAACUGUUUACUAUUUGUUUAUAAAGUAUUUCAGUACAUAUUGUUGCUUUUUGAAGUAAAAGUGCAUUGCAUUUGAGUCUCUGUUGUUCCUAAAACAGAUUAAAUGCAUCCAUGAAAAUUGCUAAGACAUAUAAUCAUUUCUUCAUUAAAAUUGAAGUGUUAUUUUAAAUGAUGUUAAACAAGUUAGUUUAUAUGUGCAUAAUUAUUUAACAAUUUAAAUGGACACUGUCUGAU